AUGACCCCUACGACCGUAAACAUGGCUAGCCACCAGGCCAAUGACCCAUACUUGGGUCUCAUCUACGACAGUUUCGCGCGAGACUCCAUCAAAACCUCAAAAAAUCAGAUGGCCGGGAAAGACGCAAAGCGCAAGCUGUGUGGGUAUUCUGACAUGACUUGUUCAUCGGAGAUCACGUACUUUAUUUUCACUACGAUCCUCAAUCCCCAGUCCGCCUCGUCCUCCCUCCUUUUCAUUCACACAGCGUAUUACGCGAAUUGCACCGUGAACUUGGUCACGUAG